AGAUCUCUCCAGUUAUUGAAGAGAACGGUGUGGAUAUAGGUCAGCUGAAGUUAUUAGUAGAGAAAGAGCUCUUGAGGAAUGAUCAUAUGUGCAAUGUGAAGGACCCCCCUGUCGUGCGUCUGUCGCUGGGUCGCCCGUUGGAUCCCGGCAGCAUUAAGGAAGGGGACGAUGUCUACUUCGAAUGCCGAAUCGUCUCAAAUCCGCCGUACCAACGAGUAGACUGGUACCAUAACGGGGUGUUGGUGCGACGUAACGACACCUCUGGUGUAGUGGUGGUGAGUGGGCUCAACCUGAUCCUGCGGAGCCUCCGUCGGGAACACUCGGGGUCCUACACCUGUGGAGCCACCAACGCCGAGGGCUACAACACCAGUAACACCGUCACCCUCACCGUCAGGCACGCGCCGGUGUGUGCCGGGGACAAGCGGGAGAGGACCCAGGGCGCCGCCAGGGGGUCGACGGCAGCGGUCAAGUGCACAGUAGAAGCUGAACCCUCACACGACCUCACCUGGACGUGGAUCAGGAAGCGGGCGGAUGGCAGCGAGGAGGAGGUGCCUCGUGAGGACGUGAGGAGUGAGGGACUCACCUCCAGCGUCCUCCUCACACCUCACACACCCGACGACUACGGUAGACUCCUCUGCAGCGCCGCCAAUGGCGUCGGGCCGCAGCGGGCGGCGUGUGUGGUGAUCCUGGUGCCUGCCGGGCCCCCUGACACGCCCACUAACUGUACCGUGGCACCAAUUGAGCCCGCCGCCCACGCCCCUACCCACGCCCAUACCGCCUCCCUCUCCAUUACCUGUAUAGAGGGCUUCGACGGCGGCCUCCCUCAACACUUCACCUUAGAGACGUGGCAAGAUGCUAGCCUCACCUCCAACGUGAGCAGUAUGUUCCCGGAGUGGGUGGUGGGCGGCCUGCGGGCCGGGGUGGGCGUGACGUUGAGGGUGGCCGCCCACAACGCCCGCGGCAGGAGUGACGUCAUUCGUUUGGAGGUGCACACGGCGAGCGCCCAGCAGCACGCUGCUCCAGGCUCAGACUGGGGCGUGCUGGGGGUACCCCCGCUGCUGGGGGCUAUCGUGGGCGUGGGUAUCGUGCUGGUUAUCGUCUUAAUCACGGGCAUAGUCAUUGCCAAACACACCUGGCGCCCACAGCCGCCCACACACACCCACACCCUAGUGAUGACGCCAGCCCCAUCACAACCCGACUCCUGCUCCUCCGACACAUACGACCCCGACGUCGUGUCGUCGCUCCGACGCCACGCCGACAACCUCGACGUCCUCCCGCAAGCCGACUACGCGCAUAAGACCGCAUCGGGGAAGUCGCAUGCGACGCACCGACAGGCGGUGGUGCGGACGCACGGGCAUGGCCAGAAUGUCACCAGGGCGUAUGUCAAGAGACGGGGAGGGAAUCACCCGUCAAUCAUGAGAGGCUUCUGUCUUCAUAGACAGGACAGUUCCUUCGGUGAAUCUAACAGCGAUGACUCUGAGGAUGCUGACUCAGAUUCCACCUUCACUGAUCUGACGGCCGCAGGUCGAGCCGCAGCCGCCCUGCCGCCUGCGGUCAUGUACAGUAACUCCUUGCCGCGUGCGACCAAGAGAGAGUUCCACCACAUCGCUUCCUCCUCACUGGACCUGCAGCUGCGUUCCUGCCAGCGCUCCCAGGUAAUGGCGGCUUCUAGUGAGGUGAUACAGAGGCUUCCUUCUCUUGCUAGAAAUCCCAGAAGAGCCACGCCUGCCUCCUCCGAGGAACUGCGGCACAUAACGUCAUCCGCGGAAGAGCUUCAUCCGCUGCUAUUCGCCAGCGAUCUCCGCCAGCUGCUGUCUUCAGGAGAUUUACGGCAUAUUUCCUUUUCCGGGACGGAGUUGAGGAUGAUUCCUUCGACGGGGACGUGGCCGCCUAUGGGCUCCUCCUCAGGAGAGCUGAGAGUGCCACUGCCAGCUUCUGUAACCAUGCACUCGUUGGCCACCGAGGGGCUGCAGAUUCUGCCCACUGCACCAUCGUCUUCUUCUUCACCUUGGGACGCUCAGACCAUGUCAUCGUUCAAGCAGUUGCCGCCGUCUUUGCCCUCUGGUUCAGGAAUGGAGCCACAACUGUCUUACGCAGAAAUACAGUCACAAGCACCUCGCCUUCAGCUACAGGAACGGCCCCCUGGCGAAGUGUUACAGUCGCGGUCGUCUCGAGGUGUUUCAUCGCGGACACCACACGAAGAGACUCAGCCCCGGCCGCCUUGCAUAGACCCGCAAUCACGAUUCUUUUAUACAAAUCCCCAGCCACGCUCGCCUUGUUCCGAACAUCGACCGAUGUCCUACGGACCAGAGUUCCAUCCACAGGCACAGCAUGAAUACCCGCAGCAUCAACAGCAAGAGACGUGUCUGCAACACCUGCCAUCUACUACAUCAUCGUCAUCCAUGUACUAUACACCAGCGCCUUGCUGUGAGCACCGGACGACGAUACCCUGUUUAGACCCUCAACCAAGACCAUCCUGUCUAAAGCAGAGGUCAGUGUCACCACCACCACUAUCAUGUGUAGAGUUAGACCCGCCAGUGUCGCUAAGAGAGUUGCAGCCUCCUUCCCCCAGAGAGGAGAUGCAGGAAGAAAUGCAGCCUCUUCUGCCUCUAGUAGAUCUGCAGCCUCCGCCCUCCUUCAGAAGCUCUCCGCCGGCAAUGGCCUCAUGCACUACUAUAUUCUCGGUGCCCUGUAAUUUUCCAUCACAUCCUCUAGCUAUAGGGACGCAGCCAAGUUCCCCGGUGAGAUGCUCAACACCUGCGUCCAAUGAAACAGUAUCGUCCGCUGUUCCUAGUGUUGAUGGGUCGCCAGUAUAUCCUACGGAAGCUGAAACUUCCCCUUCCACAGUGAUUCAUCCCGCAACGCCAACGUCCUUGUCGAUGCAAAAGCUCCUCAGAUUUUCCGAAGAAAAUCCUAGUUAUUCCACUGGGAAUCUUCGCUGUCCUUUCGCCAAAGAUGAGUUUGGUCUUCCAGGAAAAGUCCCAGCAGCAUCGAUAUCGAGAUCUCUUCAUGACCAGACGCUGAGACCGUCGGCAAGCUUUUCCUAUUCCACUCCGGAUACUGAAACACAGCAUUCACCUGCAACAAGCAACACAAAUGGUGCAACUUAUACCUCAACAGCAACCUUCAAAACAAGUGGAAAACAAGUAUCUUUUAGCGACGGAGGAAGCCACCAGGCACCGGUGAAAUCUGCAGGUAGCAAAGGUGAAAAUCGAUGUGUUCAGUCGUUUUCCUGCGUUGAGCUAUCAGAUCGCGCCCCAUCGAAAUUCCCGUCGAUAGAGGCAGCGUCUGGCAGAGAAGUCCCGUGCUCUCCCAGAAGGGGAACGACGGCAAACAGUUCUCCAAAGCACAUUACCGGAUCACAGUGUUCUUCGAGAAUGCCUGAGGCCUCGUCAGGGACUCUCGAGAAGCAAAAUGCUCACCGUGAAUACGGUUCUCCAUCUCAGCGAGCUCGAGUAUCUCCGCAGUUGUCUCUGGUCAACUCAGAAGCUGUUCGGGUGCUCAGCGAACAGUCCCAAGACUCCGUCAAGCAAGUCGUUCCUUGAGAAAACAUUCAAGAGCCACUCAUGUUGCUGGCAACCCUAGAGUGUUCCUGAAACCUUUCCUAUCGAAGAUCAUCAAGAGUCUCGCUCACUGUAGAGUUUUUUUCUCGCGACUAAAGAAAUAAAUUUCGUGUGCCUGCCAAACAGGAAUAUUCUUGUGUUGAUGAUAUGUUUCAGGAAACAAGGGAAGACUGUGCUAUACUGACACAAAUACUGACGUCCAAUCUUGCGUAAGUUAUCGACAGAUCCCUGAUUGAUCCGUGGCUCGCUCAUUGCUCUGUGGAGGGUUGCAAGUGUUGUUGAGUUGCAACCCCAGCUCUGCAAGUUCUCGGUGGUGCUUGGGGGGUUCACAUCCAGACAGUCUGAUCCCCUGCCCCCUGAUCUUACAGGGACAGCAUGGAGGAGCAUCCGGGUUGGCUGAUGCUGCCCCCUGCCCUCAGCACGAGGCAGUUCUCAGCACUCUGCUACUCCGACAGAAUAUAUAUCCUAUUUGAAUGAUAUAUUUUUCGCUUUCAUAUUUAGCCUAUAUGAAAUUAUUACCUGAAUAUUGACUAAAACACAAUAUGAAACAUUUUUUAUAGCAAACAACUAUCAGCAUAAUAUGUUAUUAAAUCACAUACAUACACACACACACACACACACACACACACACACACACACACACACACACACACACACACACAAGUUUAUAAGAUCGAUGUUAAUAGAUCAUAACACAUUUAGGUCCGACAAGACCACGUUAUGACAGUAUUCCUUGGUUUACAUCUGUGAGUGACCAAUAACACACAUCACACAAAGCAGUGAGUUAUAGCUCAUGUUUUGUCAAAUUAAUGUUUAUAAGGAAGUUGGAUUUCAAGUCAAAAGUUACGCUACGUGCUUCAGAGAUGCCAAAAAGAUUCACUACAAGAAGAUUCACUACAAGAAGUGGCAUGUCACGUCCAACAUGGCACUACUUGCUUCAAAGUGCCAAUGCACGUCAUAUAGCUUCAUUAUACCGAAACUACAAGCUUCACAAUUACGGGAUCCCGGGUUCGAUCCCCUAGCAAGACAGAAAUGGUUAGGCACGUUCUGUUCCACCUAAUGCCUCUGUGGUAAG